AUGUCUGAGAAGUUUGUUCAUGCUGUUUUGAAUCACGGUGAACAUUCUUCUGCGUUUCGUGUUAAUACUUUAAUCAUCGUUGAUGAAUUGAAGCAUUUUUCCUCACUAGUUCAAGGUCUUUGUCACUCUUGUGUAAGUGAAAGUCCUAAGCUUGUAAGGGUGGUCGAUCAUGACGCGGACAAGGCCAAGCCUCUCAGUAUCGAUGAAUGGCGUUAUGUUUUUGACAAUAUUGGUAGAGAAUUUGUGGGUGGUGUUAAAGCUAGUCCUGUGGUGACAACCAAGUUAUUUAAGCAUUUGAUCGCUGAUAGUAUACAUGGUGAUCCCACUUUAAAACCCAAACAGAUCAUGUCACUCUUUAAGAAGACUUAUGGGUCCAAUAUUAAGUAUCACCAUGCCCGUAGAGGGAAAGAAGCUGUAUUUGAAGAUCAAUAUGGUGACGACGAGAAGUCGUAUAGCGAUUUAAAUUGCUAUAGGUAUCUCAGGCCCAUGAUUUACUUGGACGCUACUUUCCUCAUUGGUAGAUUCAGGGGUACUUUGAUGGCUGCAACAUGUGUCAAUGGAAAUGAUGGUUUUUACCCAUAUGCCUUUGCUAUUGUUUUAUCUGAAAACAAAGACAAUUGGUUUUGGUUUCUGGAUAAUCUUCAACAAGUGGUCGAUGAUCGUCCGAUUGUUUUCCUUAGUGAUCGUCACGAAGGACUUCUGCAGGGCAUUCCAAGAGCAUUUCCUGGUUCAUAUCACAGCUAUUGCUUUUACCACAUCAAGUGCAAUCUCCCUAUUGGAAAAGGUGAUGCGAAUUACAAUGUCGUUAUUGAUUUGUUUUACAAAGCUGCUUACUCUUACACAUCAGCGAACUUUGAAGAAGCUUUGCGGGGCAUGCAUGCAAUUGGUUGUGGACAUGUUGCUAAUUAUCUCAGGACCAUUCCAAAGGAGAAAUGGGCAAAUGCAUUUUUCCUUUUGAAGGUUAUGCAGAUGAAUUCUAAGAGAAGGGUAGAAGGUCUUGAAAAUUUUAACACUAGGCUCACUCCCGUAUACGAGGAUUUACUAAACGAGAACAUCAACAUUGGUCGUACUUGGACUGUUGUUGAGUCUAUGGAAAGAUUGUAUGAAGUCAGGUCUCCCCGCACUCAUUCUGUAGAUCUGUUGGAGAGAACUUGUACGUGUCACAGGUGGAAAGUGGGUGACCCUUCAAUGCUCUCUUCUUAUUGA